AGCGUGCCCUGUCCAGCCAGCACCAGGUUCGCGUGGAGAUCGAGGCUCUGUACGACGGCAUCGACCUGUCGGAGCCACUCACCCGCGCCCGCUUCGAGGAGCUCAACAUGGACCUCUUCAAGAAGACCAUGGGGCCCGUCAAGAAGGCGAUGGACGACGCCAACCUGAAGAAGAGCGAGAUCGACGAGAUCGUGCUGGUGGGCGGCUCCACGCGCAUCCCCAAGGUGCAGGAGCUGCUCAAGGAGUUCUUCGAGGGCAAGGAGCCCAACAAAGGAGUCAACCCGGAUGAGGCGGUGGCAUACGGAGCGGCGGUGCAGGGAGGCAUUCU